AUGGGCCCCUUGACAACACCCACAAAAGGCAGGGACACCCCAGCUUGUGACCCCUGGACUCCCACCUCCAACCUGAAAAUGCUCAUCAGUGCUGCCAGCCCUGAGAUACGUAACCGUGAGAAAGAACUGUGUGAGGAGACCACAGAAUCAGAGGAGCAAGAUCAUUCUACUGCGUUUAUUGUGUACCGCUGCUUUUUUUUUUCUGUUUCUCAGGAAUCAAGGCUUGGAGAAGAAUCUGAGAAACUCCAAAUCAGUAGAAAAGAGAAGAGUUUGGGAUUGCUCUGUCACAAGUUUUUAGCAAGAUACCCAGAUUACCCCAAUCCCGCCCUCAACAAUGAUAUCUGUCUUGAUGAUGUUGCUACAGAAUUGAAUGUGGAGCGUCGGCGCAUCUACGAUAUUAUGAACGUGCUUGAGAGCUUGCACAUGGUGAGCCGACUAGCCAAGAAUCGCUACACGUGGCAUGGCCGCGCGGACCUUCCCGAGACACUAGCGCUGUUGCGUAAAGUUGGUGAGGAGCAUCGCUAUGGGCAGCAAAUGCACCAAAUUCGCCAGAGGGCCUUGGAACAGGAGGAGAGAGAGUUUGACCUAGAUGGUGAGGAGAAAGAGAACGAGGAGGUUUCUGCUGAAAUGGAAGGAGAGCAAAAGGAGCUCUGUUUUGUGGAGUUGCCAGGUGUUGAGUUCAAAGCUGCUUCUGUUAACAGCCGCAAAGACAAAUCUCUGCGAGUGAUGAGCCAGAAGUUUGUCAUGCUGUUCUUGGUGUCCACCCCUCGCGUUGUAAGCCUGGAGGUUGCUGCCAAAAUCCUCAUUGGGGAGGAUCAGGUCACUGACCAGGACAAGAGCAAGUUCAAAACAAAGAUCCGCAGGCUCUAUGACAUAGCUAAUGUCCUGAGCAGCCUGGAAUUGAUUAAGAAGGUUCAUGUGACCGAAGAGAGAGGGAGGAAACCUGCAUUCAAAUGGACAGGCCCAGAAGACCUGCCCUCCCCUAAGGAGAGCACUACAUUGAAAUCUACAGCUUCAGUGAAGAGGCCUCUGGAGUCGCGUUCCUCCAUAGACAACUGUGCCAAAAACCUCUUCUCUUCUCCUGGAACAAAACGAGGCUUCACUCGUCACCACUCGCUGGUGAAACUAGCCAAGAGCAUCCAGGAUGACCGUAGGAAAAUCAGCUCAGCACCUUCUAGUCCCAUCAAAAAUACUUCCAAUGAUUCAUUGAACGCGGAGUUGUAUCCGAGCAAAAUGGAACAGUUAGCAACCAUAUGUAAAAUACAACUUGAUGAGCAGUCAAAGUAAAGCGCUGCUAAAUCAUCAGCAGUGUCUGAAUCAGUGUUGGCCACAGAGCCUAAGGCUACUCCUGCUGUUGGAGUGCAUUACUCAGUUAUACCUCCAGGGGCAGUGUCCUACCUUCCAACUCAGUGUUCCCCACUUAUUCCUGUCCUGCUACCUCAACACCAGGCAGGCCCUCCUUAUGCUGUUUACAUGCAUCCUGCCUCCCUCAGGCCUCAUCCCCCAACCAGACCAGAACCCACCAGCCUUGCCGUGCGCUCAAUGACAUUUGAAAGUCCUGGCGACCCCAGCAUUCACAAAUCAACUGUGACCUUGACUCCAAGCGAUCAAGUGACUCAACCAUCUUCCAGUCCGUUUACUCUUAAACGCAUGGGCUGUGAACUAAGUUCAGAGGGAAGUCCUUCCAAGGUCAAACGAACAGAAGCAAGCUCCAAGGACGCAUCCCCCAAACUUGGUGAGAUCCUGCAGGCUCGUCUUAAGGCUCGCAGGGGCGCUCUAGUUUCCAGUCGCCCCUCCCCCAGAGCCUUGCACCUGGACCCAGAGUUUGCCAAGACCCCAGAGAACCGGACCCUUGCUCCUGGAACCGCAGCGCCGCUGGAACACAGCGUAGAAACUUUCCUUGAGCGGGAGGAGAAGGUCACGAGCUCAGAGAGUGAGGCCAGGCUUACACCGCACAUAUCCACGCAAGCCCAGAGCCAAAACAAAAGCAUUUCGCCGCAAGAGGUUGUACUGCCACAAGGCCAGUUACAUACUGAGACUUUGAUCCCGGCUGGAUACUUGAUCCCCAUACCCCAGCAGUCUCUUCUGAGUCACAGGGACAUGCAGUGUCCUGGCGGAGACACCACUAAGGCUUCCACACCCACGUAUAACGUCCAUCGCACUCCCACAGCAGGUUCUCGGCCCCCCCUGCCCCAGGAGUUCACCCCAACCAGUCACCCUCUCCAUCGAGUUCUCCCAGCCUCACCCUUCACUGCCCAGAGCCAUCGUUUGCACAGUCCCAGCCCUGCCAUACUCAACUUCACCCUGCAAAAUCUUGGCCUGAUACCUUCAGGAGCUACUGUGCCUGGCAGUGGCAAUGUUCCUGGCCCUGCGACUCCAGACCAGGUCAGCCGUCUGCCCUCGCCCCACCCAAUGCUCCCUCAGCGGGGCAUGAUCUUCAUCAAGCCCAUCUCCCCUGCUGGGACCCUGCAGACGACGUUACACGGACAGCCUGUCACCCUCAUCAGUGUACAGCAACCACUUGUAUCUACGCCCAAAGGCAAUCAGGUGUCUCAGCACAGUUUCUUCCACACCCCAGUGUCGUCUCUGUCCACUCUGACACCGGGGGUGACCCCGAAAACCCUCUACAUCCCUCAGAGGAGGCUGGAGGUCAACUCUGAGGACAAUUAA